AGAGCGUCUAUGUAUAUAAACAAGACAGCUGUGGAAUCUGAAAAUCACAGAAGUCAAGACUUAAAUAAGCCCAACUAAAGAAACUAUCCUCAGGUUGAAGACAUGGCCUCAGAUCAAAUGGAGGUGGCCGCCCUUGGUAGACCUUUCGCAUUGGGGAUGCUAUAUGACGCUUACAGAGAUAAGCUAAUAACUGAUUUUUCUCUAUGGGACAGAGAAACUAUUCAAAAGUACAAGAUAAAAAAAACUCAAAAUGGCACUUUCUGUGAAACUACUGUCUCAGACUCCAUUGACGAAAAGGCUUCUCUGCUGAAGGCUGAUGCGUCUCUCAUAGUCAGUUUUCUUAGUGGUCUGGUUGAAGUUGGAGGAGCUGCCAACUACUUGCUUGAUGAUAAGGAGUUCAAGAACCAGAGCAGAGUUAUACAUCAGUACAGAGCCACAACUGCUUAUGAACGACUGGAACUAAAUCAUCAGGACGCCAAGAAACUGCAAAUAGAAGAGGUCAUCCGGAACAGCAAUGCAACACAUGUUGUCACAGGCAUCCUUUAUGGGGCCAAUGCUUUCUUUGUGUUUGACAGCGAGAAGUUAGACAGCAGCACUGUGCACAGCAUGGAGACAAGCAUGCGAAGUUCAAUAAAGAAGAUCCCAAAAUUGUGUCCUCAACUAAAACUGGACAGACAUUUGAGAGAAGCAGAUAAAAAAAUUAUUGGAAAUUUCACCUGCAAAUUCUUUGGAGAUUUCAUUCUGGAGAAGAAUCCUACAACCUUUGAGGAGGCGGUAGAUACCUACAGAAAGCUCCCAGAGCUUCUUGGAAACAAUGGAGAGAAAUCAGUUCCUGUUAAAGCUUGGCUGACUCCCCUGAAGAAUCUGGAUCCCGCUGCAGCUGAGCUAAAGGGAAACCUUUCUGAUGGUUUGAUCAGAAAAGUCGAUAAUGUUCUGAAAAGUAUCAGAGAAAUUCAGCUGAGAUGCAAUGAGACACUGGAAAAAGGUCUGGUGAAGACUUUUCCACAGAUGCACAAAAAGCUGAAAUGUUUCCAACAUCUCACUGAAGACUACAAGAAAAAAGUCCAACAGAUCAUGCAGGAGAAAAUUCCCCUCAUUCGGGAGGGUGAGGAAGAAGAAGAAUCCCUACAAAGCUUCCUUGAUGAGCAGGAUAAGUCUCCAUUCAGCCAGAUGAACUUAGACAAGUGGCUCGAUUAUUUAGACAGAGAGAUCAAUGUCAUUGCAUCCUGUUUAGACAUUAUGAAGGGAAUUAAGAUGAUCCCAGAGAAGUCUGACUUGGAUAGAAAUGUUCUUGGUGUAGAAGAUGCCCUUUGCUUUGUCUUCACCUCCAUUGAAACUCAUGAUUCCUACAUGGACCAGAUGGUCAAUUACUUUAAAGAAACUCCAUCCAGUGUGACUCCACCAUCCAAGGACCAGUGGUUCUUCUCAGAUAAGGUCUUGGAAAACAUGAAACAGAAAGCCAACAUGAUCUCAGAAACUGCUAAAAACUUGAAAAGCAACAGCAGAUAUUGCUUCCUCGUAGCAGCGCUGCCAAACAAGGAGUUCAAUGGAGCAACCAUCUACCAUUACAGGGAAGGUGUCAAGCAAACCGAAGACUUCUCAAAGCCUGUUAUUCAUAGAGUAAAAAAUGUUAUGGAGAAAAAAGACUUAAUGUGGUACUACUGUGAUCUCACAUUGGACCCAGAAACUGUGAAUGGGAACCUCGUUCUGCAACAUGGUCUUAAAGGCUGUCAUUACUUUGAAGUUAUGUGGAGCAAUGAAACUACUAAAGGUAUUGGCGUUGGUCUUGCAUAUGAAGGCGUUCCAAGAAACGGAAAUGGCCUGCACACUGGGUUUGGAUAUAAUGAUAUCUCCUGGUAUUUUGGUGUUUACAGCAAUAGUUAUUGUGUAUGGCACAAUAGUAAAAAGAUAUGGUCCUCUACUCGUCCUUCUGGAUGCAACAGAAUUGGGGUUUAUCUAGAUUGGCCAGGCGGCACGCUGUCCUUCUACCAAGUGUCUUCUAACUCUUUGACCCAUCUGCACACCUUUGAGAAACGAUUCUCUGUACCACUUUACCCAGGUUUCUAUAUCUGGGACAAAUCCACAUAGGCAACUUUCUGUCCAGCUUAGAAUUGAUAUAACAUUGAUAUAGUGUGUGUGUGUGU